AUGCCGCAGUCGUGGGUUACCUCCGCUGGCUUCAAUGGUGAGCAACUCGUCCUCGUGGCGAAGUUUGCUGAGCGAGCUGAACGCUAUGAGGAUAUGGCAGCUGCCAUGAAGCUGUUUACGGAGUUGCGAGGUAAAGAUUGCAAAGACGAACUUGGCAAUGAGGAGCGUAAUUUGCUCUCUGUUGCCUACAAGAAUGUUGUUGGUGCCAGACGAUCCGCUUGGCGCAUUAUUUGUGGAUUGAAUAAACCCGAGCUCCCAGAGGAGAAGGCGAAAUGCACCAAGGAGUACUGUUCUCGAAUGGUUUCGGAAUUGAACGAAAUCUGCAAGGAGGUUUUGGAGUAUCUGACCCCGAACGCUCAGUCAAACGAGAGCAAGGUGUUCUAUAAGAAGAUGGAGGGUGAUUACUACCGGUAUUGUGCUGAGGUUGCCGACGCUGAGAACCGCGAUACUAUUGUUGCCAACUCCCUAGAGGCCUACCAGCAAGCUAUGCAAAUCGCCAAUGAGCUUCAUCCCACUCAUCCUAUCCGCUUGGGUCUGGCCCUGAACUUCUCGGUCUUCUAUUAUGAAAUCAAGAAUGAACCGCAAGAAGCCUGCAAACUGGCCCAACAGUCAUUUGAUGAUGCCCUGGCGGAACUCGAUUCAUUGCAUGAGGACUCAUACAAAGACAGCACACUAAUCAUGCAGCUGCUCAGAGACAACCUGACGUUGUGGACGACAGAUCAACCGGAUCCCGAGGAGGUCGAUGCCGGCGACAACUGA